AUGAGAGUUGUGGCGUGGAACUGUCGAGGUGCUGGGAGCCUCUUGACAGUUCCCCAACUCAAGGAGGUUUUACGCCUCCACUCUCCAGAGGUAGUGUUUUUAUCAGAAACGAAAAAUCAAAAAAGAGUCAUUGAUAGUAUCAUGAAGCAGAUUCGUUUUGAUCAUAAUGUAGUAGUAGAACCAGUAGGGAAAGCAGGGGGUCUAGCUAUGAUAUGGAAAAAGGAAGUAAAAGUACUACAGCUCCAUACUUCAGAAUUCUCAAUCGAGAUGAGAGUCUAUGAUGAGGAAGUAAAAGAAGAAUGGUGGUGCAUUGGAAUUUAUGCAAGUACGGAUGAUGCAACUAGAAGAUUGCAAUGGGAAGGGCUGGAGGAAAGAAUGAAGUGGUGGGGGAAGAAGUGGAUUCUGUUGGGAGACUUCAAUGAUAUUCUAUCAAAUGAAGAAAAAUGGGGGGGUAGGAUAAGAAGUGAAGGUAGAUUUAGAUGCUUCAGAAACUUUAUCCAGAAAGCUUGCCUGGUAGACAUACAUUUCGAAGGCAACCCAUGGACAUGGUGUAACCAAUGGGAGAAUGGGGGAGAGAUUAAGCAAAGGCUGGAUAGAUGUCUGAGUAGCACAGAGUGGUUCCAAAUCUUUGGGAAUGCAACCUGCAAACAUGUGGAAAAUGAGGCUUCAGACCACUCAAUGCUGGUGCUGUAUACUAUACCUGCUCAAAAGAAAAUGAAGAAAAGGUUUGUAUUCGACCAAGUCUGGGCGCAGAGCCAAGAAGCAGAAGGGGUAGUGAGGCAGGCCUGGGCAAGACCACAGAUUAAUGAGAUUAAAAGGAAGAUACAAGAGCUAAAAGAUUCUGCUGUUCAAGGGAAAAGUAGGAAAAUGGCUGAAUUGAAACUAAAGUUGAGUAGUGCCUAUAAAGCUGAGGAAAUUUUCUGGGCUCAAAAGGCAAGGAGCAAAUGGCUAAAGGAAGGGGACAAGAAUACAACCUAUUUUCAUGCUUGUGUGAAGACAAGAAGGAAACGGAAUCAGAUAACAAGUUUGCAGAAAGGAAAUGGAGAAUGGUGUUCAGAUAAUCAACAAAUCAUCCAGGAGAUUUGCAGGUACUAUGAGGAUCUAUACACCACAUCUCAGCCACGAGACAUGGAAGAAGUGUUGGAAGGGGUGCCUGUAUCAAUUACUAGCAGAUUAAAUCAGACUUUGAUACAACCUGUGGAGGAAGCUGAGGUGAGAGUAGUUGUGUUCUCCAUGCACCCAAAUAAAGCACCUGGACCUGAUGGUAUGACACCCUUAUUUUUUCAAAGAUACUGGAAUGAUAUUAAAACAGAUGUGGUGUCUGCUAUUCAAAGCUUUCUGAGCCAUGGCCACCUUUUAAAGAGCAUAAAUGAGACUAGCAUAACCCUCAUUCCAAAGGUUGAAAACCCUAUAGAUCUGGCAAACUAUAGGCCUAUCAGCCUCUGUAAUGUACUUUAUAGAAUCUUAGCAAAAAUUUUGGCCAACAGACUGAAAAAAGUUAUCGCUUUGUGCAUUAGCUCUUCUCAAUCUGCCUUCGUUCCUGGAAGACAGAUUGUUGACAACAUCAUUUUGGCCCAUGAAAUCAUGCAUUUUUUAAAAAGCAAAAGAAAGGGUAAUACUGCUUUUAUGACCUUAAAGCUUGACAUGGCAAAGCCUUAUGACCGGGUGGAAUGGAAAUUUGUGGGCAGAAUGAUGUUAAAAAUGGGGUUCUGUCCUAUUUUUGUAAGAUGGAUUAUGAGUUGUAUGUCCUCUGUGUCAUAUUCUUUCAACAUUAAUGGGGAAAGGGUGGGGUAUGUGAAACCUAGUAGGGGUAUUAGACAGGGGGAUCCCUUAUCCCCCUAUCUUUUCUUGUUUUGCUCGGAAGGUCUGUCUAAUCUCAUGGCAAGGGCUAUUGAAGAUAGGCAGAUUACAGGCCUCAAACUGAGUAGAAAUGGACCAGUGCUAUCUCACUUAUUCUUUGCUGAUGACUCUUUAUUUUGUUGUAAAGCGCACCCACAGGAAGCUAGAGCCAUGCAAAGGAUUCUUGCAAAAUAUGAAUUAGCCUCAGGACAGUGCAUAAACUAUGACAAAUCUGCUGCUUUCUUUAGCAGAAAUUGUAGCAGACAGCAUAGGAGACAGACAUGUGAAAAGAUGAACAACAUCAGGGAGGCAAACAAUGGCAAAUACUUGGGACUUCCCCUGGUGAUAACAGCAUCAAAAAAGCAAGUUUUCGCCUACAUUGUUGAUAAAGCAAAAUCCAGAAUGCAGGGAUGGAAGCACAACCUACUCAGCCAUGCAGGCAAGGAGGUACUACUUAAGUCAGUCGUAAUGGCUUUACCAAAUUACACAAUGUCAUGCUGUAGGUUGCCUAAAGGACUUUGUAAUGAAAUCUGUGGUCAAAUGGCAAAAUUUUGGAGAGGCCAAAAUGAAGGGGAUAGGAAGAUGCAGUGGGUAAGUUGGGAGAAAAUUACACAGGUGAAGGGAAAUGGGGGUCUGGGCUUUAGAGAUCUAGAACACUUUAAUAGUGCUUUGUUAGCAAAGCAACUCUGGAGGAUAUUGAUGCAACCAGACUUAUUAGUGAGCAGAGUGCUAGGAGCAAAGUAUAAAAUAGUGCAAACAGACUGGGAUGGAGCAGCUCCGAAGAAUGCAUCAUGGGUGUGGAAAAGUAUAUACAGCUCUGGACUGGUGCUACAAAAAGGAAUGUGGAAGAGAGUGGGAGAUGGGACUACUAUCAAUAUAUGGAGGGAUAAGUGGAUCAUGGCAGCACCAAAUGGGAGAAUAGCAACCCAGAAACCUCCAGAUUGUAACUUGCAAACUGUGGCAGACUUGCUGAUAGAGAGGGAAUGGAAUAAGAAGCUGAUUGAGGAGACAUUCUCAGAGCAGGAAACCUCACAAAUAUUACAGGUGCCGUUAAGUUUGUUUCCUAGAAAGGAUGCGGUCUAUUGGAAAUACUCAAAAUCAGGAAAUUACACUGUGAAGUCGGGAUAUGCAGUAGAAAAGGAAGAGGUCAAUGAAAGAAACAAGGAAAUUCAUGGAGAGGAAGGAACCAGCUACGCACAGCAUAAAGGCAAAGUGUGGAAGAGCUUGUGGGGAUUAAAGAUGAAGCCAAAGAUAAAACAUUUCAUAUGGAGAUGCCUACACAACAGCAUUCCUGUAAACGUGUUGAUACACAAAAGAACAGGAAGAGGCUCGCCAUUAUGCAAAUGCUGUGGGGAAGGGGAAGAAACAGUGGAACACAUGAUUUUCUUUUGCAAUAAUGCUGAACCUAUAUGGAAGCUGGCCCCAAUACAAUGGGACGGAUUAUUGCAAUGGAGAUCAAAUUUCUGGAGAUGGUGGGAAGGUAUAUUGGAGGCAAGGAGCAGGCAAAGAGGUGAAGACCACAUCACCCUAACAGCAAACAUCAUCUGGCAAAUUUGGAAGGCAAGGAAUGCUCGACAGUUUGAAGGGAAACGUGGAGAGCACAUGACCUUACUAGAAACUGCAAGGAACGAAUGGCUGGAGUUUCAAGAGGAGCAGGUGGAAAAUGACAAAAAGCACAGGACAGGAACAAGUCACCAUAUGAAUAACCACCAAUGGAGACCACCAGACGCAGGGGUAAUGAAGAUAAACACUGAUGCUGCGAUUCCUACUAAUUCAGCAGGAGUUGGAUUAGGAAUGAUUGCGAGAGAUUGUGAGGGAAACAUUGUCCAAGCAAGAGGCAUCAGGAAGUAUAGCAGCGCAGGUGCGGAAAUGGAAGAGGCAGAUGCUCUUCGACAAGGCUUGCUAAUGGCUAGAGAAGCUGGCUGGCGAAGAAUUGAAAUGCAAACUGAUUGCAAAGCCGCCAUUGAGACAAUAUGCAAGACAGGCUUGGGUGAAACACCAAUUGGCACGAUCAUAGAAGAUAUUAGACAUCUGAGUGACCUGUUCCAGGACUGUACCUUUUCUUUUGUGUAUAGAGAUGGAAAUAGAAGUGCUCAUAAAAUGGCACAAUUUGCAACUAAACUUGUUUCCAAGACAUUGUUAGAAGCUUUAUACUUGAUCUUACUUCUUGUUCGCAUGGAAGCUCUCUACUUUUUGCAGCGGUUGGCCAUUGUCGAAAAUUUGACCACUUUAGAGCUUGAAGCUUCUGAUUAUGAUAGUCCAGAUACUCUCUGUACCUGUGAGGAGCCCUACAAGCACUUGCAAGAGUUUGACGUCGUUUGCAACAGUAUGAAGCCUCCGGGAAUUACUGAAGAGCAAAUAAAGAUGAGGGCCUUCCCCUUCUCUUUGAAGGAUUCCGCAAAAGACUGGCUCUACUACCUACCGCCUGGUAGUAUCACCACGUGGGAUCAACUGAAGAAAAAAUUCUUGGACAAGUACUUUCCGGCAUCUCGAGCUGCAAGCCUAAGGAAGGAGAUAUGUGGCAUCAAACAACACCCAGGCGAGUCACUCUAUGAGUACUGGGAGAGGUUUAAGAAACUGUGCACCAAAUGCCCUCAGCAUCAGAUAAGGACAGAAGCAUAA